GAGAGAAAAAAAACUCUGAAACCCUUCCCCGAUCCGAAUCCAGGGAGGAGUGAGUGAGUGUGACAAAACGAGGGGGAUCAAGAGAGAGAGAGAGAGUACGCGAAGGAACCCUCUCUCACAACCACACAGAAGACAGUGGUUGUUCUGACUAUUGCCGAAAGGAACGGAUAAUAACUCACCCCGGGAGUCAACAAAAACACAUAUACGGUGGUCAGAAAGUCGUUACCGGAGGGGAAAUACUUCAGGGCGAGGCCACGGAGAGAAUGCGUCUCAGGUUUCUGUACAGGAUUUAUGUGCUGUGGGGUUUUGUGGCAGUCACAUCCUCUCUGACCAAGGCUGAGAAGAAAAAGGCGACGGGCAGAAGAUCCCGGCAGGUGGACAAUAGUCCGGACGGGGUGUGGUCUGCCUGGGAGGAGUGGUCAGGAUGUUCUCAGAGUUGUGGAGUGGGCGUGUCACAGAGAACCAGAAAGUGUGAAGCCCCUCCCCGUUCUCUAACUCCUCCCCUCUCCCACUCUCUUCCAAACUGGGGGGGUUCAUCGUUCCUCCCAGGGAGGGCCGGGGGUCCCAACCAUGGCUCUGUCAUCUCCGCCAUCCGCCCCUUCUACCCCCCUCAUUACUCUAGGAACCAGCAAUCCCAGUACGGUGGGGGAGGGACAGAGAGACAGCCAGACCCCUUCUAUCCCCCCUCACUCCCAUCAUCCAAUCAGAACCCAGGACUGUCUCUCUAUCGGGACACUCCUAUAGGAGGAGGGGCAGGAGCUGUGCCAGCGCAGUCCUCCAAUCCCACGUCUCCCCUCUAUCGCCCGGAAUUCUCAUCACCCAAUCAGGAGCCAGGUUCUGUUUAUCGUUCCCCCUCAUUUCCUGCCCCCCCAUCCAGCUACAGCCAACCAGCACAUGCCGCCCGCCAGCCAGCCAAUCGUGGAACAGGGAGGGCGAGAGGAAGUGGCAGCAGAAGGUCAGUGUUGCCCAAUAGGGGGGCUCUGCCUGCUAGUAGGUCCUCUUCUAUCCGUCCGGGUCAGUUUGGUUACGGCAGGGUUCCCUUCUCUCUGCCAUUACACCGGCAAAACCGGCAGGCCCGCCACACUGAGCACGGCAAUGCUACCAUAGCAACCCUGGUACUAGAGACCGAGGGGCAGGAGGGAACUGUUGUUAACAUUGACCAAAUGGACAGACCCGGAGAAGGAGAAGAGAAGAGGAGGGGAGAGAAGGAGAGGGAGGGAGGCAAGAACCACAAACUGAAUAGGGGAGAGAGGGAGCAUGAGAGGAGAGAGGAGGAGAGGAAGACAGAGGGGGAGAGUACGGAGUCACCUGUCGCUAAGGCAUUAAUAAUGACAACCAUAGCUAAACCAGAAAGGAAUGUACAGAGGGACACGGACACUCAAAGACAGACGGACAGACAGAGACAAGAUGCUGCGGAGCGAGGGAGGGAGAGAGGGAGAGAAAGAGAGAGAGUGCCCUCGACCCUCCCUCACUCACACAGGCCAUCUCCCUUCCAGCCCAACCACGACAGAAUCAUUGAUAGACGCGCCCCUCCUCCCCUCCCCCCUCUGCCUCACUCCUACCCCCCCCCUCUCUCUCACCCCUACUCACCCCCUCUCCACCGCUCCUCCCCCGAGCACAGAGAGAGAGAUGGGUUCAACCCUCAGCUCCAAUCCCCUCACCCUAGACCCCUCCAACCCAACAUCUACCCCCUGCAACAACAGCAGCACCACCACCCCCUGGCCGAGAGGGAGACAGGGGGACAGAGAUUACCCCCCCAGAACUACAGGUGUUCGGGAGCAGAGAAUGAGUAUCGUCGGUGCUUCUCACAGGUAUGUGUAGGAGGUGCAGACUCCAGAGCAGAGCAGUGUGCUUCCUACAACAACCAGGAGUUUAUGGGCAGACUGUACGACUGGGAACCUUUCACUCAGGUUGGGGUGGAAAAGCAGUGUGAGCUGACGUGUAGGCCGGUUGGAUAUCGCUUCUACGUGAGUCAGGCAGACAGAGUGAGAGAUGGAACACCCUGCGUUAACACCAGCACCAAUGACGUGUGUGUGGCCGGGCGCUGCCUGACUGAGGGCUGUGAUGGGGUGUUGGGGUCUGGCUUGGUGAUUGACAGGUGUGGUCAGUGUGGGGGGCGGGACCUGUCCUGUCAGAAGCUGAGCGGGAGCUUCCAGAACACCAGUGUUCCCCUUGGUUACCACAGAAUUCUGGACAUCCCUCCAGGAGCUACUGCCAUCAACAUCACAGAGAGACACGCCAGCUCCAACUACCUGGCCCUACGUAGUGGUACAGGUGUAUCAGUAGUGAAUGGGCGCUGGGCGGUGGAUCCUCCAGGAGACUACGAGGCAGGGGGGACUACCUUCACCUACACCCGCCCCAGGGCUCUCUCUGAUGGGCAGGAGGACAGAGGAGAGACCCUUAGAGCUCCAGGACCCACCACCACACAACUGACUCUAUAUAUCAUCUUCCAUAGGCAGAAUCCAGGGAUCGACUAUGAAUUCUACAUCCCAACAGAAAAGAAAGCGGAAGAGAAGGAGAGGGCGCGAGAGAGUGAAAGAGAGAGGCCUAGAGAGAGAGAAGUAGAGAGGGAACGUCCGAGGGAUCGAGGGAGGGCACCCCUGAGAGACACUAGUUCUCUCAUUGUAACAGUGGAAGACCCUAUCGCUCCUCCCCCCAUCUCCUCUUCGUCCUCUUCCUUCUCCUCCUCUUCUUCCGCAGACAGAUGGACAGCUGAGAGCUCCCGCCCCCGAGGCUCGGUACCCAAUCGGAAUGCUCGAAUCCCACCUCGUACUGACCUGCCCCUCGACACCCAGUCACCCUUCGUAUGGAGGAGGGGCGGGCUCACUGAGUGUACUGCUUCCUGUGGCAAAGGGUCCCAGUACAGGGCGAUCCUGUGUAUUAACCGCCAUACUGACGAGGAAGUCCCAGACAGGAAGUGUGAUUCAGCAGCAAGACCCUCCCCUGAGGAGGAGCUCUGCAACACACACCCCUGCCCAGCAUUCUUCGAGGCCAGCUCAUGGUCAGAGUGCAGUGUGUCUUGUGGUUUGGGAGUACAGCAGAGACAGCUUCAGUGCAGACAGAGCUUUGGGAACCGUUCCACCAUGGUUCAACCACAACGCUGCUCCAACCUAACCCCACCUGACCUCACCCAGUCCUGCCAGCUACGACUCUGCUCACACUGGGAGAUAGGCACCGACUGGAGCUCUUGCUCAGUGGACUGUGGCAUGGGGAAGAGAACUCGUAAUGUCCGCUGUGUCAGUGACCAUGGCAGCGUGGUGAAUGACAAGGAGUGUAACGCCAGGCUCCGCCCACAAGGAAGUGAGGACUGUCACAUGGGGCCCUGUGUAACCAACUGGUACUUCACUGGCUGGUCCAACACUUGUUCAGCCCCUUGUGGUCCAGGUGUUCAGAGGAGAGAGGUGUUGUGUCUGACCCGUGGAGGGAGAGAGGGAGGAGAGUGUUUGGGGGACAAACCGGCGGACAUGAAGGCGUGUAACGGGGGUCCGUGUGCUCCCACCUACAUGUGGUACAGUAGCCCCUGGGGUCAGUGUAGUGCUCCAUGUGGGAAUGGAACUCAGCGAAGGGACAUCAUCUGUGUGGAGAAGAUGGGGACAGAUUUCAAAGUGGCACCGAUCAGCCAGUGUGCCCAGCUGGAAAAGCCUCCCUCGGUGCAGACGUGUGCGAUGGAAGCAUGUCAGCCUCAGUGGUUUACUACGGAGUGGAGCGCGUGCUCUCGUUCCUGUGGUAAGGGGCUACAGAUCAGAGAAGUACGGUGUCUCACACCUGACAAACAGCACAGCCCAGAAUGCUCCCUUACAGACAAACCUGACCAGGAGCAGCUCUGCAAUACCAUACCCUGCAGUCCACAGGUCGCAGAUGAGAACUGCAGGGACCUGCGUCAUAACUGUGUGAUGGUGGUUCAGGCCAGACUGUGUGUCUACUCCUACUACAAGACUGCCUGCUGCGCCUCAUGUACCCAGAGUGCUCAGCGGGCCAAGAGGCACUGACCAGCCAAUAACAGGCUUCCAGCCGAGAUCAGCCAGGGGUCAGGGUUUAAGGGGUUAGAAGUCAAAGCGCAGGUUACCAUAGAAAUGGAGUGGGUAGAGUGGAUAUAUUACCACAUAAAGUGGGGAUUGAAUUGUGUUCUGGGCCAGAUGUACAGCCGUUAUAGAAGAGAUGUUUUGGAAUGUGAGUUAAUUUGUUACUUACUACAUUUCUUACAUUUGAUGGGUUAUCUGCAUAUGCAAAAAAUGUGCCAAUGACAUUGUACAGAGCUCCAUAAUAUGGAACAUAUCUGAUUUCUAUGUCCACUCUUUCUGUUUCUAUGACUGAGAGAUGCUGUGGAUGAUGUAUGUACACCCAGGACCUGGGUCCAGAGCUCUGUCCCAGUAGCCAAACUUGCAUACCACUUAGUGUGAGGUGAAGUAUUGUCCAUGCUAGUAUGGAUAUAUGGGACCCAGAAGGUAUAACCCAAUAGCAGUGUAAAACCUGCUGGAAGUUUCUAUGAUGUAUGUUUUCUAUGUUUGUGUUCUAUUUGCCAAAAAAACGAUUUUAAAUGUCUCCUCAGUGUUUAUACAGCAUCAUCAACAUUUGGUGAAAACAUACCAAAAUGGAAAAUGGUGGCCUAAUACAAGUGACCUGUUUUUAAAGGACAAUAGUGGAGAGAUGUCCAUAACCUGAGAACGCCCCCAAUCUGAAAACAAGCAGGGGUAGAAUGAAACGACUGUAUGGUCUAUUGGUGACUGUCCAGGUAUCCAACCUGUGCCCUCACGACUGUUAGCCCACUGAGCUAAAGCCAAGGCAUUACCCCUGAGAGCUAAUACCAGUGUUCAGGCCUCAGCCAAGGUUACACCCAACCACCUCUGCUAUAUACAGCAAAUAUACCACUACCUGAGACAUUUGUAUCAUCUGACCCAUCAAUAUGUUCAAGAAUGGUAGGUAUUGAAAUAACAUUGUAUUCAUUUAUGCAUUCAUUUUCAGAAAUGCAUUUGCCACAAUAUGCUGAAGAGCAAGCUGUGUCUGAAAGGUUCAAUUCAGCUGUUUUUAUCUCAAUAUCAAAUCCUUUCUGGGUAACAAUUAAGUACCCUACUGUGACUGUUUUCAAUUCAAAUGGUCAAAAAGAAACAAAAUAACUUCUUAGCAAAGAGCAAUUUCUCAAUCAAGAAUGUUGCUAGGAAACUGAAAACUACUGUAGCUGUUAUUGGCAGAGAGGUUUGAAACUCUUUCUCUUUUUGGUCGCUUAACUAACUGGUGAUGUCACCAUGCAGACCAAAACUUCAUCCAACCAAAACAGGGAGAAAUUUCAGGCGCUCUUUUCAAACAGCUCUUAUACUAAAAUGGCAUUAUCAUCAUUUUCACAAUUUCACAGUAUUAUUCCAAACUCAUAGUUUGGAAGGAUAUAUAAAACACAGAAAAAAAUCACGUUUUUGAGUGCACUGGGCCUUUAACUCCCAAAGGAGCAAGUAACAUCUCCCUGACUAAUUUGGGUUUUUACUGAAAAUGUUUAAAAGGGUUUUGUCUUGGACUUAAACAAAGCUCUUUUUAACAGAUAUUGCCCCUAUGCCUUGACAUAGUUGUAACAUGUUACUGUAUGUUACGUCUACAGCAUACAGACACACACACACACACACUCCACAGGUGAACGAUGUGUAUAUUUGUCAGUCAAUAUUACAUUUGUAUGUCUAUAUUUCUGUGUGAACAUAUACUUAAUAUACAUAUACAUAAAUAUAUCCUAUAUUGUGGUAUGAUUUGAAUUUUAGGCAUACUGUACAUGUUAACUGUAUGCAUAUAUUCAUAUAAAGUAUUCAUAUUUUUCAGUCAUCAUAUUAAGAAGAACAAAUGAUAUUUUUCUACCCUUAGAUGGUGUGUGUUGUGUGUGUGUUUGUCUUCCUGUCUCUGUGAAGUUGCCUAUUUGUGUUUAUUUGUGUGAGUAUGCAGCCCUGGGUCUAUUCUUGUAUGAGUCUAUCUGUGAAUAUAAUUUUCAUGUUUUAAAUCGUUUUUAGUAGAAACAAAAAAUAUAUAUUAAAAAGGAUAGUAAUUUAUCUAUUAUAAAAAAAAUACAUGUAAUUUAUUUUUUUUCUUAAGAGGAGCUGUAGCAAAUUCCCUUUGUUGCUACCUUGUCAGAGUUUAUGAUCAGGAGUUAUUGCGUAGAAGUAUAUGGAUUUUGUAUUAUUUUGAAAAAGGCAAACGAGUGUGUGGAAAUGCUAUCACAAACUUAAUUUGAAAUAAAAACUGAAACCAGAAAAUA